CCCGCCUCCAGGUCUCGCUCAAUCUAUUAAGUUUUGGAAGCCUGGGUCACAAAUAUUUGUAUGUUGGAUUCUUUCCAAAGGAGCAACCAAUUAACUAACCAAAUUGUUCACCACAGUAUUAGACUGGCCCUGAUGACAUACAUAUUGGAUCAGAGAUUCUCCUUAGUUUAAGUCUGACCUUGGCAUUAGUAGCUAGGAUCCUGGCACUGUCUGAGGGGGUGCAGGGACUCCAGAUAAAGGAGCCUGUCCCCCUCAGACAGCUAUCAUUUUCUGCUGUUUUAAAUUACUCACUUGCUGCAUUGCUUUCACGACAGCCUCCCUGAUACCUUUUUGUUCUUAAUCUUCCAAACUAUAUUAUAAGCCAAUAUGAGUCAGAGUAGUGAUCCCAGUCCACGGUUAGUAGAGUCUCCUCUGCUGCUUCAGAGCUCAGACCUUUUCUGCAAUUUAGACAUCCCUCAGCUUGAACGUAUACGUCAUCCAGACUCCCUUACUCCAUCUCCAAAUAGUGUACCCCCAUCCCCUAUGCUCCCAAUUCCUGUUUCUGUUCCAAACGGAGACUGGGAAAGCCGCGAGGAACUGCGCCUUCGAGAACUAGAAGAAGCAAGAGCUCGAGCCGCUCAAAUGGAGAAAACUAUGCGAUGGUGGUCAGACUGUACAGCUAACUGGAGGGAGAAGUGGAGUAAAGUAAGAGCAGAGCGCAAUAAGGCAAGGGAAGAAGGAGCUCAGCUCAGGAGUCGGCUUGAAAUCCUUAGUAAAGAACUGGGAGCCUUGAAAAGAGAAAGGCAAGAAGCAGCCACUGAAACAGAGCAACUCCGAAAGGAGCUAGAGAGACUACAAGGAAAAGCAAGAGUGUUAGUGUCCAAUGAUCAUGAUAUAGAGGAGCCAGUAAGAGAUGUGGAAAUUGAGAAACUCACAAAAAACAAGGACUCAGACCUUGAUAAUAGUGUGCGGCUUGAGUGCUGGGAGAUUCAGAAUGGGGGACCUUCACGCAGCCCUAGGCCCCGUAACUGGGAAGACGUGAGUCCCAGUGAGGACGACACAACAAAAAUCACAGCACUUAAACUGAGGCUAGAUGAAAGCCAGAAGGUGCUGCUAAAAGAAAGGGAAGAUAAGAUGCUGCUCAAUAAAACCAUUGAGAAGAUGGAAGCAGAAAUCAGUCAGUGGAAAAUGAAAUGUGAAGAGCUGAACAAAUCCAGACAGGAGGCAGUUAAGCAGCUCACUCUCCUAAGGGAGCGCCACCAGGAUGAGUUGGGACGGAUUUCUGAGGAUCUUCAAGAUGAACUUGGUGUUCGAUCCAGCAUGGACAAGAAACUUGCAGAGCUCAGAGCUGAGAUGGAGGGACUUCAAGCUGAGAAUGCAGAAGAGUGGGGCCGGCGGGAAAGGCUGGAGACAGAGAAACUGAACCUCGAGCGGGAAAACAAGAAGCUGAGGCUUCAGAUUCAAGACCUGGAGGAGAUUCUAACUCGAAAAAGAAGACAGAGCGCCAGUGCUCUUGAUACGGACCUGAAGUCAAUCCAGGCAGAGCUCUUUGAGAAGAAUAAGGAGCUAUCAGAUCUGCGCCACAGUCAUUCUAAGUUAAAAAAGCAAUACCACGAGAGGAGUUCAGAGUUCAGUCAUGCCAAUCGCCGUGUAGAACAGCUAGAGAGUGAAGUAAAGAAGCUCCGGCUACGUGUGGAGGAACUGAAGAAGGAACUAGGCCAGGCUGAGGAUGAGUUAGAUGAGGCCCAAAACCAGAUACGGAAGUUACAGAGAACACUGGAUGAGCAAACAGAGCUAAAUGAAAAUCUUCAGGUUCAACUUGAACAUGUACAGUCAAGGCUGAGGCGACAGCAAAAUCCACCUCUAUUCGGGAAGCUACGUGCUUCGCGAUUCAGCAAUGAUGAUGCUGUGGACCUAGGAAGUGAUCCGGAUGAGGAUGAUCUACAAAUUCAAGUACCCUAGGGGCCAGCACUCAAGGACUACAUUAGAAGUACUAAAUAUAGUCUUAUUUUCUGAUGGAAUUGCCAGUGUUUUUUAAAAUUUGCAAUAAGGACCUACAUUGAGGCUCUUUAAUGAGACUGUACCCAGGGCAAUUUCUGCUAAGCUCCAAAACAAGCCGUAAUGGGAUCUGACUUCAAAAGUUUGUUUUUUAUUAAGUUGAAAAUGGUAAUGAAAUUCAAGCAAAAGUGUUUUUAUACCCUUUUGCUAAUUAUUUUUUAUACAUUAAAUCUCAAAAAUGGAA